UCGUGCUAUGACGACAUACACACUUAAUCCAUAUAUAAUCAAUGUCCAAUAACAGAGAGCUACUGUACUCAAUGAAGAUUCUUUCUUUCAUGAUUUUGGUUAUUUGCAUAGUUGUUCCCUCUCUCAGAAUUUGCGUAGCAGAUGAUUCUAUAAACGUGCUCCAGUCUAUGAGUGAUGGGGAGAGAUUGGUGUCAAAAGGUGGAAAUUUUGAACUUGGGUUUUUCAGCCCAGGUAGUUCCCAGAAACGUUAUGUGGGAAUUUGGUACAAGAAUAUCCCAACUCAGACAGUGGUUUGGGUUGCUAAUGGGGCAAACCCCAUCAAUGAUUCCUCAGGCAUCUUAACACUCAACACCACAGGCAAUCUUGUUCUCACACAAAAUGGUUCUAUUGUGUGGUACACCAACAACUCUCACAAACAAGCACAGAAUCCGGUGGUGGAGCUCUUGGACAGUGGCAAUCUUGUCAUAAGAAAUGAUGGAGAAUCAAACCCAGAAGCGUAUUUGUGGCAAAGUUUUGACUAUCCCUCUCAUGCACUCUUGCCAGGGAUGAAGUUUGGAAGAGACCUCCGAACAGGUCUUGAACGGAGAUAUACUGCUUGGAAGAGUCCAGAGGAUCCAUCACCAGGAGAUGUUUAUGGGGUUUUGAAACCCUAUAAUUAUCCUGAGUUUUAUAUGAUGAAGGGAGAAAAAAAGUUAUUAAGGCAGGGACCGUGGAACGGCCUAUAUUUUAGUGGAUUUCCAGAUCUACAGAAUAACACCAUUUUUGGCAUCAAUUUCGUCAGCAAUAAGGAUGAGAUUUACUACACCUUUAGCCUUGUAAAAAGUUCUGUCGUUACCAUAAAUGUAAUAAACCAAACAGGUAGAACUUAUCGCUAUGUGUGGGUAGAGGGUGAUCAAAAUUGGAGGAUAUACAUUUCACAACCGAAAGACUUUUGUGAUACUUAUGGUCUUUGUGGAGCCUAUGGGAGUUGCAUGAUUUCACAGACACAAGUGUGCCAAUGUUUGAAAGGGUUUAGUCCAAAGUCACCACAAGCAUGGGCUUCAUCUGACUGGACUCAAGGAUGUGUCCGCAAUAACCCAUUGAGUUGCCAUGGCGAAGACAAAGAUGGAUUUGUCAAAUUUGAAGGUUUCAAGGUUCCAGAUUCAACACAUACUUGGGUGGAUGAGAGUAUUGGUCUAGAGGAAUGCAGAGUCAAGUGUUUGAGUAAUUGUUCUUGUAUGGCCUAUACUAAUUCAGACAUAAGAGGUGAAGGUAGUGGCUGUGUCAUGUGGUUUGGAGAUCUCAUUGAUAUGAAACAGCUUCAAACUGGUGGACAAGAUCUAUAUAUCAGGAUGCCCGCUUCAGAAUUAGAACACAAGAAGAACACAAAAACGAUAGUUGCUUCCACCGUUGCUGCAAUUGGUGGUGUUUUAUUAUUAUUAAGUACUUAUUUUAUCUGCAGGAUCCGGAGGAACAAUGCUGAGAAAGACAAGACUGAGAAGGAUGGCGUUAAUUUAACAACAUUUGAUUUUUCAUCGAUCUCCUAUGCCACAAAUCACUUUUCAGAAAAUAACAAAUUGGGACAAGGUGGCUUUGGAUCAGUGUACAAGGGCAUAUUACUAGACGGGCAAGAGAUUGCAGUUAAGAGGCUUUCUGAAACUUCUAGACAAGGUUUAAAUGAGUUCCAAAAUGAAGUCAAGUUGAUUGCAAAACUUCAACACCGCAAUCUUGUAAAGCUUCUUGGUUGUUCUAUUCAGAAAGAUGAGAAGUUGUUGAUUUAUGAAUUGAUGCCCAACAGAAGCUUGGACCACUUUAUUUUUGAUUCAACAAGGCGUACAUUAUUAGAUUGGGUUAAGAGAUUUGAAAUUAUUGAUGGAAUUGCUCGAGGACUUCUUUAUCUUCAUCAAGACUCUAGAUUAAAGAUCAUACAUAGGGAUCUCAAAACUAGCAAUGUUCUUCUUGAUAGUAAUAUGAACCCAAAAAUAUCUGAUUUUGGUAUGGCUAGGACAUUUGGGCUAGAUCAAGAUGAAGCAAAUACAAAUAGAAUAAUGGGAACAUAUGGUUAUAUGCCUCCUGAAUAUGCUGUACAUGGAUUUUUCUCAGUCAAAUCAGAUGUGUUCAGUUUUGGUGUAAUUGUACUGGAGAUUAUAAGUGGGAGAAAGAUCAGGGGAUUUUGUGACCCAUACCAUAACUUAAAUCUUCUUGGGCAUGCAUGGAGACUAUGGACUGAGAAAAGGUCAAUGGAAUUCAUAGAUGACUUAUUGGACAAUUCAGCCAGAUUAUCUGAAAUAAUAAGAUAUAUUCAUAUUGGUUUGUUAUGCGUGCAACAAAGACCAGAGGAUAGACCAAACAUGUCAUCAGUAAUUUUAAUGUUGAAUGGUGAAAAGUUAUUGCCCGAACCAAGUCAACCAGGGUUCUACACAGGAAAAGUUCACUCAACCAUGACAGAAUCUUCUCCAAGAAAUACUGAUGCGUAUUCGUUCAAUGAAAUCUCUAACUCAUUGUUGGAGGCAAGAUAAAAAAGAAAUUUUAGAAAAAACAGAGAUGAUACGGAAAAUAGAAGAGUCUUACCUCCAACCUCAACAAGUAUGCAUGGAAGAAUUAGCAAUGUCUUUAAGGGUGCGUUUGGAUAGAGAAUUUUAAGUGAGGAAAGUAAUUUAUCAGAGAAUCUGAAUUUUUGUAAUUUAGAAUUUAUUGUUUGAAUUUUUUUUAUGAAGAAUUUAAAAUUUUAGAAUUUUAAAA